AUGAAGAGAAAAAGUGAAUCGUUACAGUCUGGUUCAGUUUUGAAAACACCUAAAUAUAGCCAUGAUCUUACUUUAAUAUCGCUUCCGACCGAAGUUCUACAAAUGAUCUUCUCCCACUUAACAAGACAAGAUAUAAUAAAUCUAUCUACAUUAGAUUAUAAUUUCAGAAAAAGACUAGUACCACUUAUUUUCUCCGAGAUUCAGUUUACAUGGAAGAAAAUCAUACAAAGGGAUAACGAUUUUUUUGAGAAGUACAAAUAUUUCAUCAAUCAAGCUAGGAUUAGUGAUAGCAAUGCAUUACAUGAAUGGAACUAUGAUGUAUUCACAGAAUUGUUAAUAAAUUUACCAAAUUUGAAGCAUCUACUUAUAAAUUCAGAAUCAUCUUCCAAUUGGUUAAAAUAUAGACAACAUGAUAAUAUUAAACAACUUACCUUGUAUUGUCUGAAUCACGUUGUGGGGCUAUAUCGACAGACGAAUAGUAGGAUCUUUAGUUUGGAUCAUAUAGCGAAUUUUAAAAUGUUGAAAAAAUUGGAAUUGCAUAAUUAUCGAUUUUAUCGAGAUCAUCGUCAGAGUUAUCCUGUUUUAAUAUUAGAAGAUAUUUCCUUGGUUAAUUGUAGUUGGGAUUUUCCAUUUGAAAUAUCGCUACUAAAUUAUAAUGAAAAUAUAAAGAAGUUAACCUUGCGGAAUUCUGGGAAUGAUUCAUUUAUCGUCAGUGAAAGAUACCGGAAUUUUUUAGACAAUGAGGUUUUACUGAGUUUAGAAGAAUUAGAUAUUAGUAUAACUCAAGGGAAACUAACCAGUUCUUUGAAUCGAUUGAUGGUUUCUAGAUUUAUGAAUACUGCAAAUUUCCCGCAUUUGUUGAAGUUACGAUUAUGCGGUUGGAAUACUACAUAUAACAUCUCCAAUUGGUUCAGUAAAUUACCCGAGAAUAACGUCUUACAAAUCCUUGAAUUGAAACCAGACUCUGAAUUGGAUGAUAAAGAGAAGGCAUACAAAGAGUGUGUGAAAUAUUUUCCAUAUUUAAAGCUAAAGUUGGAUUAA